CAUUCGCAGUGGAGUGCUCCUUCCCCGGGCGCCUAGAGAGGACGUCAUCAGCCAAGGCGCUUCUCCUGGGUGCUACUUCGUGCUUCCUUUGCCUCCAUGGACGACGAGGAAGAGACCUACCGGCUGUGGAAGAUCCGCAAGACCAUCAUGCAGCUCUGCCAUGACCGUGGCUACCUCGUGACCCAAGACGAGCUGGACCAGACGCUGGAGGAGUUCAAGGCCCAGUUUGGCGACAAGCCCAGCGAAGGUCGGCCCCGGCGCACCGACCUCACCGUGCUGGUCGCCCACAAUGACGACCCUACCGACCAGAUGUUUGUCUUUUUCCCUGAGGAGCCGAAGGUCGGGAUCAAGACCAUCAAGAUGUACUGCCAGCGCAUGCAAGAGGAGAACAUCACCCGGGCACUCAUUGUGGUCCAGCAGGGCAUGACGCCAUCCGCCAAACAGUCCCUGGUAGACAUGGCGCCCAAGUACAUCCUUGAACAAUUCCUUCAGCAGGAACUUUUGAUCAACAUCACUGAGCAUGAGCUUGUUCCCGAGCACGUAGUCAUGACCAAAGAAGAGGUGACAGAGCUGUUGGCGCGAUACAAGCUGAGAGAGAACCAGCUUCCUCGGAUACAAGCAGGGGACCCUGUGGCGCGCUACUUUGGGAUCAAGCGAGGACAGGUGGUGAAGAUCAUCCGUCCCAGCGAGACGGCUGGCCGGUACAUCACUUAUAGGCUGGUGCAAUAGUAGUUUUGUCAGGUAUUUUGGACUCGUCUGCCUCAGUCUUCCGUUCCCUCUUUUGCCUCACUUUGCAAUACCAGGAUGAGCAAAUCGUAGCCGACAAGUGACUAUUUUGGGCAGCUCUUGGAACCUUUUUGCCCAGUCCUGCUGGAGAACCUAGAGCUUACCUUUUGGAGUUUUCCUGACUCAGGUAAAAGGGCCAUACUCUCAUCCCGAUGGUGCCUUUUGUUAUCUUCCAUCUAGUUUGACCGCUUCCUUCUGGAGAUGACCGCCUGGCUUGUCUAACCGCCAUAAUACCAGAUUGACCUCUCUGUCUUCCCAGCAUGGCUCUGGACACCUUGGGAACCCCAAAGACUCUUGAAAGGGUUGCCCCAGUCAAUGCCCUGCCAUUCUCUCUAUGCUCAGCCAUCUUUUCUAGGUGAAAAUGGGACUCACUCUAAAUGGACACUAGAGUUUGAAACCUGAAAUCCGGAAAGCUUCCUCUCCAAUGCAACUGCUGUAAUAAAGGUUUAGGAUGUUUUGUUUUCAA